UUCUCAUCCUGGUUCCAAAUUUAAAGUAUAUACUGUGUGUCUCUGAUAGCCGACAUACAGUUUGGCGUCCGACAAAAAACACAGACAGCAAUGUUUCCGCACGCGAUUUGUCUUGUGAUGGUCUGGUCGUCGUUUACGAAGAGCGAAUCGGCAUGGUAUCCCGAGUCUAAAGCCAAUGAUGUUUCCAACCUCCUCCAUGUCGUCACCGACCUCACUGCACAGUUGGAAGAAUUGAAACAUGAUCGUGAAAAAGACGUGACGGAAUUAUCUCUCUUGAAAGCUGAGAACAUGAGGUUUAAAGAGAGAAUGGAAAUGGAAACCAAUUACCUUCGCCAACGAGUCACUCAGCUAGAAUCGUCUGCACAACAAGCCAUGCCACUGUUAAACCAAACAAGGAUUAAUCGUCAGUCAGCUACAACAGAUAAAGGACAUACGGCGUUCUAUGCAAUACUGGAUCAACCACUCCACGCCCCUCCUGACGGCACGACGAUUAAGUUCAGCAGGGUGAUCACUAACGUGGGAAACGGCUACAAAGCUAACUCUGGAGUCUUCACCUGUACGGCUUCAGGGCUGUACUAUUUUAGCUGGAGUGUGGGGGAGGUAAACCACGGUCACAUCUACUCGGAACUCAAAAAGAAUGGCAUGGCCGUGGGUUGGGCUCUAUCCGGAGACAACACUAUUGCAUCUGCGACGUCCCAGUCUGUCAUCUUACAUCUGGAAACCGGUGAAGAAGUUGAUAUCGUAAUAACAUACACCGGAAAUUCUCCAGUUUUGUGGGAAAAGUUCUCAUCCUUUUCCGGCUUUUUAAUUGUUUAAUUAUAAAAGCUGACGAAAAUGUAAGAAAUAUUGUACUGAAUGUAUGUGUUAUACAAUUAAAAAUACAACAAGAGAUUUGAUUGUUUAUGUUAUCAGUUUUACAGCGAGUUAUGAGAAAUAUUUUGUAUUUUACCUGUCAUCAAACGCCAACAUAUAGAUUGGUUUAUCCAGAAAAUUCGACCAAAUUUUCAAAAUAUACAUCUGCAAUGUAUAUGGUUUAUAAUAAUUAUAACAUAGAGCCAUUUACCACGUUAUUUCCUUUCAUUCUUUUUUCGUAAAAUUUUGCAUCUAUCAUGUGUAGAUUCUACCUCUGAAAAACUACAACUAAUUGUAUAGGAAAUAUCAAUAGUUAACAAUGAACACACUUGAAUUCCUUAUUCAACUAAACCCACUUCGACCACAUGAAAUGGAUUAUGCAUAAUGCAACGCAAAAUGGAAACGGGAACGAUUUACUUUUGGUACCGGGUUCUUGACUGUGUUACCUCCCUUUGAACGUUCUCUCACAAUCGUUCGCCAAACACGACACUAACGCGAAUUAGCCGAAUUGAAUGACAGUAGGAGAAUUUUUCUACACGCACACAGGGAGCAAUUUAGCUGCGA